AACGCCUUCUCUCCUCCCUGACCACGCCUCCUCACGCUUUGCCAGUGCCCGCGGUCCAUUCGUGCGUGAAGGAAUAACUGGAGUGUGUCUUCUGGAGGCAGGAACGGGUUUCCUGAUCAUAUAUGCAGGUUCACGCGUUGUGAUCAGUCGCCAGACUGCUGGAAUAGCCCGGGGGGGAGAAGAAAAAAAAGCGUUUCCGUCGGUACUUCAGGUUGUACUUGCCGGCGUUGUGGCGCAGCGCUGUAAACGACCGAGUUUAGGUUUUUUGGUCACCUGUCGGUAGCUGCUGGAUCAUCUGCGUCUCGGGGAGAGAGGAGUCGCCAAAAGAAAACAGGCAGUUGCUGAGAAGAACUUAGCAAGGAGUCGGCCAGUUAGCCUGUCAGCUAGCCCGCUCUCCCUACGGCCACAGCAAGUCCCACCCUCGUAAGAGGCUGCAGCGGAGAAGUCGAGUGCUCCCUCCUCCCUCCUCCCUCUCAACUUAGGUUGCAUCGCUGUGCAGCUGGUUGACAGGCACGAAAAGAGAGAGAGAGAAAGGAAGUCGUCCACACACGUUAGCUUAGUGGCACUAGCGUAACACAUCGUUGGCUCGACGUGGUGCAGGUGUCUUCCGUGGAGGGAUACGGACGCUACCCUGGCAAAGAGAGUGGCCGGAAAGAAGCGGCGAGAUAAGGGAGAACAAGGAAGAAGACGCCGAGUAGGAGGGGACUGGCUAGUUCAGCCGGGGAGACGCAAUCGCACGCACGUGCGAGGUUGACAUCUGCUCGGCGCAGCUGUGUGGUUCAACUGCAGACAGGGUGGCUGCUCGGUGACACCACCCCGCUUGUGGAUCCAACUGGACGCUCAGGUUGCAGAUGUCAUGCAACGCUGUCGUCCGUCCGUCCGUCCCCCAGCACACAGAGGUCACUCACAGGCACGCUGUGAUGAAUGUCUCCGAUCAUAGAUAGACAGCAAACAACCGCCGAGGAGCCACGCACAGCCAUGAGCAUUGAGAUACCGGUGGGGCUGACGGAACUGCUGCAGGGCUACACUGUGGAGGUGCUGCGACAGAGGCCGUCAGACCUGGUGGACUUUGCAGUACAGUACUUCACCCGCUUGCGAGACACCAGAAGUCAGGAUGGGGCCGGCGCCGGUGGCAAGACGGGGAAAGGGGUGAUGUUCGACGGGGAGCCCAUGCAAACAGAGUCCAACGGGGACGACGACGAAGACGACGAUUCCGACUUUGAGCCUCCACCACCAAGCAGAUUCAACAGGAGAGUGUCAGUGUGUGCAGAGGCGUUCAACCCAGACGAUGACGACGAGGACACGGAGCCCAGAGUGGUUCACCCAAAAACAGACGAACAGCGCUGCAGACUGCAGGAGGCCUGCCGAGACAUCCUACUCUUCAAAACACUAGAUCAGGAGCAAUUCUCUGAGGUGCUAGACGCCAUGUUUGAGUUGCGGGUUCAGCCCGGGGAUCACGUCAUCGACCAGGGAGAUGACGGAGACAACUUCUACGUCAUAGAGAGGGGUGUGUAUGACAUAUUGGUAUCGGGAACAUGCGUGGGUCAGUAUGAUAACAAGGGCAGCUUCGGGGAGCUGGCGCUCAUGUACAACACGCCACGUGCUGCCACCAUCAGCGCCACCCAGGAGGGGGCACUAUGGGGACUGGACCGCUCCACAUUUCGUAGACUCAUUGUGAAGAACAAUGCCAAGAAGAGGAGGAUGUACGAGACGUUCAUUGAGUCCGUGCCCUUACUCAAAUCCCUGGAGGCAACAGAGAGGAUGAAGAUAGUGGAUGUAUUAGGGGCGAAACAGUUCCCAGAUGGUGAACGCAUCAUCACACAGGGCGACGGGGCUGACUGCUUCUACAUCGUUGAAUCUGGGGAGGUCAAGAUCAUGAUGAAGAGUAAAGUGGUUUCUAUGCAGAAGAUUUUGAUGACGAAGGCGGACCAUGCAGACAAUGCGGAGGUGGAGAUAACGCGCUGUACCAGGGGUCAUUACUUUGGGGAGCUGGCCUUGGUCACUAACAAGCCCCGGGCCGCCUCGGCCUACGCAGUCGGCAAUGUGAAGUGUGUGGUAAUAGACAUCCAGGCGUUUGAGCGCCUCCUGGGCUCCUGUAAGGAGAUCAUGAAGAGGAACAUCGCCCACUACGAGGAGCAGCUGGUAGCCCUGUUCGGCUCCAGCAUGGACCUGAGAGACUGAGCCUCUCACACUACCCUCCGUGCCUUCUACCAGACUACCAUACACACACACACACACUCACACACACUCAUAUCCACAUAUCAUCCAGUGGCUACACAGACAGAGAAUUCAUACUUGGCUCACAUGCAGGUACACACACACACACACACACACACACACACACACACACACACACACACACACACACACACACACACACACACACACAGGCACUGAGAGACACACUUAGUCUGCUCACCCUCGUGCACAUACUAGUUCAACACACUCUGCGAUAGGUUCACUUUGUGGACACGCACGCACAUACAGACAAACACCCGUUGUUUAUUGAGCCAGCUUCAACCUCUCAGUCUUUUUCUGCAAUUACCUUAAUACAGGUGAAGCAGUAUAAAGACAUAACACAAACACUCACACACACUCCAGAAAAAUUAAAAAACACACCAUUCAAAGUUGUUCCAACAAUUCUCAGCCAAGGACACAUCAACACACAAGCACACAUACUACAUAAACACACACACACACACACACACACACACACACGGGUACAGAUAUAGAAUCUCAAAAACACAUAGGCGACCACACUUGCAAAAAUGGACACAAUGUGGUAAAAUGGAGACAAAAAAACUUUAAAAAUCUCUGAAAAGGAAAACAAAUCCAAAAUGCAAAAAAAAAAGUGAUCACUUAAUGAAGACAGAGACGUUUUAGAAAUGUUUUAUGAAGAUAAAAAACAGAAGCUUUGAUAAAAUAUUAUUUAAAUAAAAAAAAAAGUGUUUCCUCUUCUGGAGGCCGGGGUGCAGAACUUUGUGAGCGCGCUCUAUUUCUUCCUCUACUGUUGUUGAUUGAGUUGAGUUGAGUUAGUGCUGGUGAUUAUUACAGUACCACAGAAGAAGCAGUGACAACAAUAACAACCCCAUGUUUUCUUGGCCAUUGUUAUUCUAUAAUUGAUGACACACUUCAUCGUAUUGAAUUAAUUAUUAAUGUAUUGUUAUUAUAUAUUCAUUUAUUAUUCUCGUUUUGCUUUGACCAAUUCUGAUAAAAAAAAUCCACCAUCCAUCUCUGACAAAAUGUAAAAUGAGAAAAAAGAAAUUCUAAUAAAAACAAUAGUGCUUAUUUCUCCUUGAUUGCCCUUGAAUGAGUUGUCCUGGAUAAGAAAAAAAAGAAAAAAUAAAGCAAACAUUUUGUUAAAA